AUGAAGUUUCGCGAUGGCAUGUGGCUGGUCGCCGAGGGCAAAAGACUAGAGUAUGCUGAAGAAGUAUACUCCAUCAAUGAAGCAUCAGAUGGCAAGAAAGUCACGCUGCUCUGUCCCACCAUGCAGAUUCGUAGCAGAGGAGAUACCUUGAAUCGUCCCACCUUGACAGUGGAACUUGAAGCUGUCAUGGACGAUGUACUUUCCGUAGAGGUUACCCACUGGCAUGGUGCUAUCAACAAAGGCCCACACUUUGAGCUCUUUCCUUCCGGCAAACCUCAGGUAAACGCCGGCAUCCAAAAGACAGAGGGCGGAACAACCAUCUCGGCUGGUAAUCUUUCAGCAACGGUGUCCUCGAAACCCCACACCUUUGACAUUCGCUUCCACAGCAAAGAUGGCAAGCAAAAGCUCACCUCUUUACUCAGUCGUAGUGUCGGACUUGCUUAUGAUCCUGCAACCAGCAGUCCUAUGCAAACAGCAGAUAUGAGAGAUAUCAAACACUACAUCUUGACUCAGAGUACCCUCGGUGUAGGCGAACAAGUAUAUGGCCUCGGUGAACGCUUUGGCGCUUUGAACAAAGUCGGCCAAGCAAUCAGCCUCUGGAAUGCAGAUGGUGGUACUUCAUCAGAUCAAGCUUACAAAAACAUACCAUUCUGGAUGAGCAACAAAGGCUAUGGAGUCUUCAUCGAUGCUACUGAGAGAGUGGAGCUCGAAGUAGGUAGCGAAAGAUGCUGCAGGGUGCAGACAUCUGUUCAGGGUCAAAGAUUGAAGUGGCAUAUCAUCUAUGGCCCAUCACCGAAGGAGAUUCUGGACAAGUACACCACUCUGACCGGAAAGCCUGGAAAAGUGCCCAGCUGGAGUUUUGGUUUAUGGCUCAGCACAUCGUUCACUACCGAGUACGAUGACGCUACCGUCCUAUCUUUCCUCGAAGGCAUGAAAUCUCGGGACAUCCCUCUUGAAGUAUUCCACUACGACUGUUUCUGGCUGCGAGCUUUCCACUGGUGUGACUUCGUCUUUUCACCUGAACACUUUCCGGAUCCCAAGGCUUCCAUCCAACGUCUGAAAGCUUCUGGGUUGAUGAAGAAAGUAUGCGUGUGGAUAAAUCCAUAUCUCGGUCAAGCAAGUCCUGUCUUUGCUGAAGCUGCAGAGAAGGGAUAUCUCCUGAAGAGAAAGAAUGGAGAUGUGUUCCAGUGGGAUCUUUGGCAGACCGGUAUGGGUAUUGUCGACUUCACAAACCCAGAGGCUACGAAGUGGUACGUUGGCUGCUUGAACAAGCUCUUCGACAUUGGCAUCGACAGCAUCAAGACAGAUUUCGGAGAGAGAAUCCCAAGCAAAGAUGUCGUGUGGCACGACUCUUCUCUGGAUCCAGAAAAGAUGCACAACUACUAUGCCUUUAUUUACAACAAAGUCGUGUAUGAAGCACUGCAAGCUCGCUACGGAAAAGACGAAGCUGUGCUUUUCGCUCGCGCUGCUACGGCUGGUACCCAGCAAUUCCCAUUGCAAUGGGGUGGUGAUUGUGAAUCGACCUUUGAGGCCAUGGCAGAAUCUCUGCGUGGUGGUCUGUCUCUGGGCAUGUGUGGCUUUGCUUUCUGGUCCGUGGACAUUGGUGGUUUCGAAGGUACACCCGACGCAUCAAUCUACAAACGCUGGGUACAAUUCGGUCUGCUCUGCUCUCACUCACGACUACAUGGAAGUAACUCAUACCGCGUUCCUUGGUUGGUCGAUAACAAUGACGAAAGCGAUCAAGGAUGCAGUGCUGUGUUGAGAAAGUUCACGCAGUUGAAGUGUAGGUUGAUGCCGUAUUUGUACUCGACUGCGACGGAGAGCAUCAAGCAUGGCUGGCCUGUCAGCGUAAGAGCUAUGGCGAUUGAGUAUCCAGAAGACAAAACAGCCUGGUUGUGUGACCAGCAAUUCAUGCUGGGACCGAGUCUUCUAGUAGCUCCCGUAUUUGACGAGAGUGGCGAAGUCGAGUUUUAUCUGCCUCAAGGCAAGUGGACUAGCUUUUGGGAUGGGCAGAUCAUCGAGGGACCUAAAUGGGUCAAGGAGACGCACAAGUUUGACACUUUGCCUUUGUAUGUGAGAGAAGGCUCUAUCUUGGUGCUUGGAAAAGAGGGAGAGAAGAGAACCACAUGGGAUUGGACGAAGGAUGUCGAGGUCAAGACCUUCUUCCCAAAUCAAGGUUCCAUUUUCAAGCUCGUAGAUCCGGAAAACAAGGAGCUAGCCACCAUCACCGCUAUGAAAGAGGGUGAGGAGUGGCGGGUAAAGGGAGCUGAAGUUUUGGCAUGA